AUGUCUGAACAACUUAACGGGAAAGUUGCCGUUGUUACUGGCUCCAGUUCUGGUUUAGGAGAAGCAGUUGCUGUUUUAUUCGCGUCUCGGGGCGCGAAAGUGACUCUCUGUGGUCGGAAUGAGGAAAGACUUAGAUCCGUGUUAGAGAAGGUUGUGAAGGCCAGUGGAGGACACGAAGACCGGUUUCUGACUGUUAAAGGGGACUUAAAUGAUAAGAACGUUCGUAAGGAGAUCGUUGAGAAAACUGUGGAGAAGUUUGGACGUUUGGAUAUUCUUGUACCAAACGCUGGUGUUAUUCAUCCUAACCAAUCAAUUUCAACCGCUACAGAAGAAAUUUACGAUGAUAUCAUGGACACGAACUUGAAGUCUGUGUUUUUUCUCAUUCAAGAAGCGGUACCCUAUCUGGAGAAGACCAAGGGGACCAUAAUUAAUGUGUCUUCAGCCAGUACAAAUAUGGCUAUUCCUUCGCUAGCCGUUUCCUUGCUUUCAAAAGUAGCACUUGAUCAUCUAACAAAAUGCUUGGCUGUAGAUUUGGGUGCAAAGGGCAUCCGUGUGAAUUCAGUGAAUCCUGGAUUUUUUCCAACACGGGCCUUGCGAAAUAUGGGAGAUGACCUGGAGAAAGCUGUUAGUUCUGUUCAAGCAUUAGAGAAGGAUAAAGCUGUGCUUCGUGGAAGGGUCGGAACUGUCAAGGACUUUGCAGAAGCCGUGCUGUUUUUAGCUUCUGGUGCCGCUGGAUUUAUUAACGGCGAACUCCUAAAAGUUGAUGGCGGUCGGAGUUAUGGCGCGCUGUUUACGCUAACAGACACCGAAAAGUAA